AUCGUUGCCACCCCUGUGUACUCGGAUAUGCUGUCCGUCGCUAAUUUGCAUCUCAGAGAACUGGCAACCGCGACCGUCGAGUUCUUUGGUACUCUUCGCUCUCCAACAUCUUCGACUCAUUCUACUAUAGGCUCGCCGACUGAGGAGAUCAAGUCAGCUUUUUCUUCUCCCGCCUCCUCUCCCACACGAGAAUUAUUAUUGUUUUCCCCUUCCUUACGUCACCACGCCAACGUUGUAGGCCUGCAAAAUAUAUGCUCUCGCAACCCGCCACCAUCGAACUGUCAAAGACUUCCGUCAAUGCGUAGGGAAUUUGAUGAGACCAAGAGAGAGCUCGCCCGGACGAAGCUAGAGGUCGCGAAAUUACAAGAUCGAUGCAAGCUCCUGGAGAAGACACUCGCUGAGACGAAGGAGUUGGUGAGGCUGAGGGAAGAGGAAUUGGAAAAGGUCAGAAGCAGGCAAGAUGACGGGCGGCGAUCCAGUAAUCCAAGUGUGGGGGGAGGAGGCCCUCCAGAGAGGCGAUACAAUGAUGAUGAAACAGACCUUGAUAUGUUCCCAGAAGAAAGCCGUGCUCGUCUGAAAACAACAGAGGUUUUCAUGACACGGACCGAUAACUGGUCGGGGGCCCAGGUCCUUCAAGCUAUCCAUGAUCUCAAUUCUGAGAUUCUACAGUUCUCCGCUGCUGCUACGGAAUUGUGCACGUUCAGCAAGAAUGACGCAGCUCCUACAAAGGCAGUUGCUCAGGCUACCCAAGACACAGUGGCAAGAUUAGGUCCCAAUCUGGUAAAGAUACUAUCUGGGAGAGAUCACUCUCAAGAUCCCAUCCUAGUCCAGUUGGCCCUGCAAGGGUGCAUAUCAAUUUGUGUUGCUAGGGCGUUAUCAGUGUUUUGCAUGGGGUAUCCUACCAAAGCGGACAAUGUUCUGACACAGAUUUACUCUCAUAUCUAUGCUUCAGAACCGCAACCCACGUCAUCCAAGUGGCGAGCUCUGUCUCAUCGGUACAUCCAUUCCAUAUACCCAUAUCUCAACGAUUACUCUUCCAAUGAAUUAGCGGAAACGAUGUACCGAUGGUCAGCGGAAAUCUUUCUAGUUGCAGGAGGUCAAAACGAAAAGGGUUCGCUGACAUCAAGAGAUGGACUGCGGGCACGGUUUGAAGAACAGAUUCGACGAAUCACGAAGACGACUUGCAAACUUGCACAAGUAACGAAGGAGGAGAUCAUGUCGACAUGCUUUGAGGUUGUUGCUAUUGAGCACAGUGAUACUUUCGACCCCCGUAGAAUGUGCGACUCCUUUUCGGAGUAUGGAGCCUCCAGAGGGGACAUCGUGACAACAACAGAACUUGGAUUGCAAUGCAGAACGCGUAAGAGUGUUUCAAACGGCGGAAGUGUAGAUGGCGGGACGGAAACUCGCGUCCUUCUGGCUCCUAGGGUGAUUCUGAAUUCUGUAUUAGACUUCGUGGAUCCUAGAUAGUGGCGACACCAACUUGCCAACGAUCCUGACCAUUAAACAUUAAAUAUUAGUUAUGUUUUGCUCUUGUAUCAUUCAUCAUAAUGACAAGGAUUAUCAUCGUCAUUGGCG